GUUGACAUUGACAGAAAAUAAAAACACGUGCACUUGUAUGUUGUGUGGCUGUGAUUGUUUUGUGAAUAGUAAAUUUUUAAUUCAUAAAAAUAUUGGUAUAUUCCCUAUAAUAUGACUGACGAAACUCAUAAUAAAGUGCUUGCUAUCGUUGCAAACAUAGCAAAAAAACAAGACACGGAAGAAAAGGUAAUUGUCGAAGAUGAAAUAUCAGAUACAGAAAAUGAGAAAGAUAAGAAAUCUUCAAAAUUGGAACCAGUAAGAGGAUUACCAAAAUCCGGAAGAUUUUGGAAAUCAAAAAAGGAGAAGUUUUCUAAAAUCAAUAAGACUAAAGGACUCAGAAAUAGCUUCGAAAAGAAACAAGCACUGCGUGUGCAAAUGCAGAAAACAAAAGAACAGUCUAAACAGUUAUUAGAAGAAUUUAAGCAAAAACAGUUAGAACGAAAGGAGAGAAGGCGACAAAACAUAGAACGUGCGGCUGAAAAUAAACGGAAAUCUGAAAUUGUUCAAGUUAUUACUAACACAGCUAAGCUGAAGAGAAUGAGGAAGAAGCAGUUGAGGUUUAUUGAGAAAAGGGACACUAACAAACAAAUUGAAACUAAUAAAUAAGUUUUACAUUAA